GUAGUGUCCUGCCCUCGCUCGGCGACACCUGUUUUUUCCCGACGCUGAUAAAUGAAACGCGCUCAGAGAGAGAGAGACAGAGAGGCAAAGACACACUAUGAACACAGCGCAGCUGCAUGAGGAAUACAGUAUCAAGAUGAGUUACGCCAGGCUGGAUCCAAAUUCAGACAAGAUGUAACAAGACGCACAACCACAGGAGUAAGCAGUUCUAACAAAGACAGCCUGAAGUCAGUUGACACCUGAGUCUGAUCGCACAGAAUCAACACUAACAGUUACUUCUACCACAAUGGCCUUAUUGAACAUUACUCUUCCCUGGAAUGUCUCUUUGGACCUCAACCACAGCUAUUUCAAAUCCAACCUCUCAGAAUUAGAGGACACACAACCCACGGGGAAGAACUGGCCAGCUCUGUUUAUUCUGGCCAUUAUAUUUUUUACUGUUGUGGGGAAUAUACUGGUGAUUAUGGCCGUGUCCAUCGAGAGCAAACUGCACAAUGCCACCAACUACUUCCUGUGCUCACUGGCCGUGGCAGACAUGCUGGUGGGAUUCCUAGUUAUGCCAGCCUCACUAAUUAGUAUUCUUUACAAUCACUCCUGGCCUCUCCCUAAACUGCUGUGUCCCAUGUGGAUCUUCCUUGAUGUGCUUUUCUCCACAGCCUCCAUCAUGCACCUGUGCGCCAUCUCUCUGGACCGCUAUAUUGGCAUCCGUAAUCCAAUCAAAUACAGCCGCGGCAACACACUUCGCAAGACCAUGAUCAAAAUAAUCUCUGUCUGGACCAUUUCUAUAGUGUUGUCACUGCCCAUUCCAGUAAUGGGUUUCCAGGACAAGCAGAAGGUGUUUGUAAAUGGCACCUGCACCCUGAACGAGCCUCGUUUCGUCCUUGUUGGCUCAUCCGUGGCCUUCUUCGUUCCUCUGAUCAUCAUGGUAGUCUGCUAUUACCUCACUCUCCGUGAUCUCCAGAGACACAGCGCUUCCUUCCCGCAAGAGAGCAAGAGCCACUCCAAACAUUCUUCUGUUCAGAAAAGUGACACGAGUCUACUUAACAGUAAAAAAAACCCACAAGGUCCACGAGGCCAAGGCAGACGAGGCAUGAUUCAAGCUUUGAACAAUGAGCGACGAGCCUCCAAAGUCUUGGGGAUUGUGUUUUUUCUCUUCCUGGUCAUGUGGUGUCCGUUCUUCAUCACCAAUGUGCUGAUCGCCAUCUGUCAGGACAACUGCAGCGAGCAUCUCUAUAACCUCAUUCACUUUUUUGUCUGGGUGGGAUAUAUCUCCUCUGGAGUGAAUCCUCUGAUCUACACGCUUUUCAACGAGACGUAUCGACAAGCCUUCGCUCGCUAUCUACGAUGUAAAUAUCACGAAGACGUGCCGCAGAAGAAGGCCCAGGCCAUCUGAUAAUAUUCACACAGUUACAGCAUAAUGGUUAAAACUGAUUAAUCUAAUACGAGGUUGCCAAACAUACUUUCCCUUUAAUGACUAACAAAUAUUGACAUGAUGGAUUGUUUGUUGUGAGUUCAAAUGUAUUGUUCUUGUGUUACUGGAUAUUACAAAUGUUUACAAAUGUUUCCACAGCAGCAUUACCUUAUAUUGCGAUGCGGAAGUAAACUACUCUUUGUGUGAAUUUGUGACACUUCUGGUUCAUUAGCUGCAGAACUGGGUAGUCAUUUAUUACAUGUAAUCUGAAUCAAAUUCCAAGAAUAUUGUAAUUAGAGUAUAUUACAUUUUAUAAUGCUCGUAAGUAGAUUAAAGUUACUUUUUUAUGGAUUACAUGAUUACAUAUUAUUCACACAAUCAUUCAUGAAUGAUUGAUUGUUUCUAAUUCUUCUUUUAUCUCUUUAAAAUUUUCCUUAGCUUUGAAUAUAUUCACAAAUGUUGUGUAAAUAAAUUUGAAUGUAAU